AAGCCUGCUCUGAAGUUGAUCAGUCUGCUCAGAAACUUCUCCAGAGGGGAAAGUAUUUGGAAUCGGUUUCAAAGGGGAAAAGACCUGAUUUUUGAGCGCAACCAAAUUGUAUUGCACAGGCCGUACAAACUUUAAAAUAAUAAUAAUAAUAAAAUGGCAAUGUUUUUUGUAGCAGAAAGCCCAAUUUAGAUCUUUGCACAGUUCGACCUGUUAAUUGGAUGUUUUCAAGAACAUAAUAUUUCACGCUUUUGAAGUCUUACGGUGCAGUGUUUCAGCAGUUUGGAUCUUUUUAUAGUCUAAUGACCUGAGAGAAGCAUUUUAAAAAAGUCACUGGCGCCUAUUUUUUUUUAUCGGAAGUGAAGAAAAAAGAAAAGAAGAUGACACACAGUUUUUUCUUGGUGGUUACAUUUCUCUUGGGUUUGUCCCGGUGCUACUGUUCGUAUGUCCCUUGCGAGCCCUGUGAUCAGAAGGCGCUCUCGAUGUGCCCUCCAGUGCCUGUCGGCUGCGAGCUAGUGAAGGAGCCGGGCUGCGGCUGCUGCCUGACCUGCGCUCUCUCGGAAGGUCAGGCGUGCGGCGUUUACACCGGAACAUGCACACAUGGGCUCCGGUGUUUGCCACGGAACGGCGAGGAGAAGCCGCUUCACGCCCUUCUUCACGGUAGAGGAGUGUGCACAAAUGAAAAAGGAUACAAGCCUCUCCAUCCUCCGAUAGAUCGUGAGUCCAAAGAACACGAUGACACGAUUAAGACAGACAUGACUGAGGACCAGAUGCAUCCGGCCAAAGUCCCCCUGCUGAAGCAAGACAUGAUCAACAGCAAGAAGGCACAGGCCAUGCAGAAGGACCGGAAGAAGCAGCAGGAGAAGCUGAGGUCCAUGGGCCAGACAAACUACUCUCCACUUCCCAUCGACAAACACGAACCAGAAUAUGGUCCGUGCAGGAGAAAGCUGGACGGGAUUAUUCAGAGCAUGAAGGACACUUCACGUGUCAUGGCUCUCUCCCUGUACCUCCCCAACUGUGACAGAAAAGGCUUCUUUAAGCGCAAGCAGUGCAAGCCCUCCCGUGGCCGGAAGCGAGGCAUCUGCUGGUGCGUGGACAAAUACGGGGUGCAGCUGCCGGGAACCGACUACAGCGGGGGCAACAUCCAGUGCAAGGACCUGGAGAACAGCAACAACAACGAGUGAGGAGUGAGGAGAUGCCCCCUCCCAGAUCACCUGACCCUAGGGCCCGCCUCCUUCUCUCCUUCCCACCUGUUCACCCGCCAGUCACUUUGAGAUUGUGAUACAAAGCAAAACAAAAAUCAAAGUAAACGAAAACAGAACAGAACAAUAACGAAAAUGAAAAAGCAGAAAAAAAGACAAAGGAAUCCUUUUUUCGACUGAAUGCUCAUCUCUAACUCACGGGGCACAGCAAGUCAGAGUCUGUUUCUGUCUUGCCAUUAAGGAAUCCCCUGCUAGAAUCUGGGUCCCAGCAAAAAAAAAAUAUAUAUACAUGCAAUUAUAUAUUUUUUUAUAGAAGCUGGGGUUUGAGCACCAUACCAUUUUGUUUAAAGUUAACAUAAAGACAGAAAAGAAUAUAUGGCAUGUUUAUUAUUAACAGGGCUAUCUUGUUUUUUUUUUUUACAUCUAUUGUUGUUGAGGUGACAGAAGAGAUAGCACGAACUCCACUAUUGGAAGAACUCUGUUUUUUUUUGUUUGUUUGUUUUCAAAAGAAACGAAAAAACACGAUAGGUAUCUGCUGAUACGGUCGUCUCUAUCUGGGUAUUUGGUCCUGUCAGAGCACUUAUUAUAGGGAAGCCUGCUUGGAAAUGUGUAACUUCACCAAGUUCAGUGUACAUUUGUGUGAGUAUGUGUAUGAGCUUAUUUUGUGUGUGUAUGUAUGUAUGUAUCUAUGUAUGUAUGUAUGUAUGUGUUUGGAUGUGAAAGAAAGGUAGAGCGAGAGAGAGAGAGAGCCUUUAUGAAAGAAUGUCCUUUAUUUUCUUCCUGCCGCAGCUUAUGCGGCAGAUCUUCCUGUUCGGCACCUGACAUAGGCUCCAGAAAGGUACUUUUACUUGCCUGUUCACUGUGUGUUUCAGGGAGUGGAAAAUGUAAGAAUCAAAUUGUGUCAGACAAACCUGUUUCAGUGGCUCCAUGACUCUGUAGCUAGCCUCAUAUGCCAACUGUGCCUAUGUAUACAGACGAUGCCAUGCUAUGUGACAGAGGUAAACAGAGAUUGCUGCUCCUGUUGGUGGACUGAUGUCUUGGCAUAUUCUGUAGAGAGAAUCCAUGGUUUGACUUCAUACCGUACCCACAAGGCACCAGUACCCUCCUUCUGCCGUAUUUUGGGCAUUAGGGCAGUGUUGGCCUGUAGAAGUGGUGACGAGGUAUGUUACAGAGGUUUACCUAUCUUUGGCCUUGCUGCCAGCAUCAAAAUUCUCACAAUGAACUAUCAAUAGUCAGCUAUUUCACUUUUCUGCUUUUUUCAUGUUUUGCUAAAGUGCAGGAUAAAGACAGAUGUUCACCAGUCAGGACUGCAACUCCACUCUGUUUUUUGGUGUUUGAGGUGCAGUCUUGUAUUUUUUUUUUUUCAUUUUUGUGCUGUUUUAAUUGCCUUCAGUGAAGUAAUGACUGCCCACUUUUGAGCCAUGUAUCUAAACCAAGUCCCCUGACACUGAAAUAGGUGUAACCUUGGUAUAUUACAUUUAACUUUAGAUUAAUGAAUGUUUUAACAAAAAGAAACUACAGUGUACUGGUGCUUGGAAAGAACUUGUGUAUUUUAGCCUGUAAACAAUUUGCAUUGUUCCAUCCAACCUGUCACAAGCGAGUCUAGUCGUUUGAAUCCAAGGGUAUUCAAAUGAGCAGGCAGUGUACCAGCCAGUUCACCUCUAGCCACUCUCCUUCCAAUUUGCUUGUAUGCCACAUCCCAAAAUGGUUAUCCACUUCAGACGACUUGUCUAGACUGUAAUUCAACAUGAGUUGUUUUACAAGACUGUGUUCUUUUUUUACUCGUUCUUGUUUCUUUUCUUUUCUUCUAAAGGGGCAUCGUUAAAACAAAGGGCACAUUUACUACAGGGUCAGCUGAUGUGUAGUUUUAUGUGAGUCUCAGUGCCUUUCUACAUGCAAAUACAUUUGAAUAGUGAUGUGAACAUUACACAGGAGCCAAGGGGACAAAGCAGGCAAACCCUUUUGUAUUGACGAGGGACCUCACUCAAGCUCAGAUAAAAGAGACGUACAAUGAAUAUUAUAUCGACUUUGUUUUUGUCACAAAGCUACACACCCUCUUUAAAUCAUGCGCUGUGACUGGGGCUAAGAUAGAGGGAGAGGCCUUUGUCACAACAGCUCAAACUUGUGGGUACUCUUCUGUCUCUUCUGUUCUUUUGAGAAUAAGCUGAAUAUUGAUUGUGCAUGACUGCAAAUGUUAUGUGUACUAGCUGAAGAAAAUAUCACGUUGUUUUACAAUCAUCAGAUAUGUCAACCACAAUGACAUUGUGUCAAUGUUAAGCUCUUGCUGUUUUUCUCAGUGGAAAGGAGACAGAAAAGCCAUUCCCAGCCACUGUCGUUGUGCGCAGAUCCGAUUUCAGAGCCCAAGUGUUCAUACUUCAAAACAAUGGGAUUUAGCAAGUGGAGCUGCUCUUCCGAGCCUGCCCCUAGCAUGCUACCAAAAUCCCAUCUAAUGAGCUCAUAGCGCAAAAGAAAGAGAGAGGGAAGAAAAGAAUGAAAAGAAGGAAGGAGAGGGAGGGGGAAAGCGAUGAGUACAGCUCAUAUAUCUGUAGUGGCCAAGGGAGUUUUUUUUUUUGCUUUUUUUAGUGGUUGCACGGUCAAACAUCCAUCUGCCCUCUGGGUUUCUGAAAAGUGAAGACAUGUAGCUUGCACAAAAGGUCUCUGAAAUGGUCUUCACGCAACAACCACAUGGCAAACCUAAGUAUAUGGAUGCUAUCCAGGUCCUGAGCAACAAAUUGCGCCCCCAUCCCAUUUAUUAAAAAAAAAGCAGCUUGCACUUAAAUGGCAUCAUAACUAAGUUAUUGCCACAUUACGCCCCUUUUUCUGUAGUGCUGUCAACAACAACACCGCAUUCAACUCGUUUUCAGGUAGAGGAACAGUAGCAUGACCUUGACGGAGCUGCUGCUCCCACAGUAUCUUUGACAGGGGCUAUGUGGCCCGAGCCUGAGACCCAGAACUAUGACCAUUAGGGAGAUCCAUAUUCAGUUCAUCCAUCCACUCUCACACAGCCUAUAGACAAUGAGCCUCAGUGCCACUUGGGGAGAGGGAGAGAAGGUGAGCAUCGUGGGCGGUGAUCACAUUCAGGGCCUCACCAGCCCCUGUUCAUAGGGGGGGGGGGGGGGCCCACACACAAUCCACAAACAUAACACAGUAGACACAGUUAGCAGGGUAGACAACUGGGAGGGCUUCAGAAUCCGAGGCACACAUAUAGGUAGCUAGGGUGAGCUGUAAAUUUAGCCUACAAUAGGCCAAAAUCCGCUGAAGUAACAAUUUUGAUAUUGCUGUACCAUAUUGGGUUUUACUCUGAACUGAAAUUCUUUGCCAAUUCUUUUGUCAUGGAUUAAAAAGAGAAUUUGUAAUCCUAGAGAUAGUCACUAGUUGGGAAAACUUUUUAGGAGUGGACUAAGAUCCUCUACUUCCUCUCAGUCACUGUAUGCUGUUUCAAAUCCUAGUGGUGCCUCAGUCCGAUUCUGAAACCUUCUAUCUGGUUAGACUAAUGCAAUAAUCACAGCUCGGUAUUUACAGGAACUACAGCCUGAUUUUCUGAAUGCGUAACAGUUUUAUUUUCCGGUUGAGUUUAGACAUGAUGUUUGAUCACCAUAGCAUAUUGCAUGAGCUGCCAUGUGAAAUGACCCAUUUGUGGCAGGAGGACCAUGGCAAUGUUCAGCCUUUGGAAUUGUUAAAUGAUACAAAACAAAACAAAACAAAAAUCUCAAAUUAUUAAGAAAGUGAAUAUCACUGUGUAAUAUUUAUUCAACUUGUAAUUUAUGUACUCUUUUAACCUUUGUCUUUUUUUGUUAUGACAAAGCAUUUAUUUAAAUAAAGUUAUGUAUUCAUUUAA